CUUAUCAGUAGCUAUAUUCUUAAGAUUGUGGCGCUAGUCGUCAGACGAUCGUUUGAGACACGGCAACCCUUUAUUUGUAACAUUCAACAACUAACUGAUAUUUCGGAAAGAGCUGAGAAAUAUUUCCAAAAACAAUACAUCGCGCACUCCGCUUGAGAUACGCUGCAAGGAUUUCCAGAUUAAAAAAAGUUCGAAUGUUUAUGAUGCUAGAAACAUAGUUACGAUUGAGCGGAGUCCGGUGUGGUGGAAAACAAGUUUUGUUUAUUUCUUCCAUCUCACAGACUCUAGGGUUUUUUUAGAAACUAUAAUCUACUUUCUUUGUAUUUGGAUAUGAAAUUAAUGCUUGGAUACUGAAGUAGUCACAGGGAUCUACCAUGAAAUCAACUGGAUUGAAUAGUCGAGACAGCUGGCUCGCAACGAUGGCCUGCACGUUCAUCAGUCUUCUUUGCAUGAUGCCAGCGAAGCUAAGCGGCCUGCUCUUUGUCGAGAUUCUGGGACGCUACAACACCGACAGGGCAAUGGCGUCCUACCCGCUUUUCCUAUGCAUGUUGGUAAGGUGUUCGGGAGGACCUAUCACCGGAUACUGUGGUGAGAGGUUCGGCCUGUAUGCAGUGACCUUGACGGGAUGCGUCCUCUCAGCACUUGGAGUUGGCGCUUGCUUCCUGGCCGAAGACAUUAUCACUGUGAUCAUUUUUCUGGGGUUAGUCUAUGGUUUGGGAAUGAACUUCAGCACUACCCUUUUCCCUCAAGUCUUAAAACAGCACUUCAAUAAGAACCUCACUUUCGUCAUUUCAAUGUCCAUGUUCGGCUCAUGCUUUGGAGGUUUUGUCAUCCCGCCCCUCAUAAAGUGGAUCUUCCAAUCGUAUGGUGUCUCCGGUACUUUUCUUAUCAUGGCAGGAAUCAUGUUGAAUGGUGUGCCCGCCGCAAUGUAUCUCAAAAUAUUGAAACCCAAGAAGACGUCUACUCAGAUUAGUAAGAAAGAAGUCACGCUUUUAGUAGCAGCGCCUGUAGAACUCGUUGAUGCAAACAAAAUAAAGAAUAUCGAUGAUGAGAAACAGAAAAAUAUUGAAGGAAAGAAAGAGCAUUGCAUCUGGGAACUGAGAGAUACCAGCAAUAACAAAAUACCAAACUCUUUGUCGUCGGAGCCGAUAGAUGAUGAAAAAUUAAUAAAUAAUGGAACUACGAUAAAUGUUAAACCCCAUCUAAUAGAAGAUAAGUUGCUUAAAAACAACAAGGAUACAUUAGAACAAACUGCCACUCUUUUACCUAAGUUUAUUGAAUCAGUUCACGAAAAUACCGAAAACAACGUUACGUCUGAAGCAAAAGUAGCUAACAAAAAACCGGUGUCCAAACAAAAGGCAGCCUUACAAUCUCUGACUAUAUUUUUCGACUUCGCGUUUUUAACAAUGCUUGUAUCACAGAGUGCCGAAGUCGUCAUUCAGAUAUUGACACUAACCACUGUGUUGGAUUAUGCGAGAGACAAAGGCAUCGACAGAAGCUACGAAGUGUAUUUUCUAAUGGCCUUGGCCUUGGCAGAAUUGUUUGGCCGAGUAUUUAUAUCUCUUAUAAUAGAUAGAAAUUAUCUCACUAAAAACAAUUUCACAAUCCUUAGUUUCAUUAUAUUGGCUGUGGUCGUGUUGAUCAUGGUAUGGGCAAAGACCUUUGCUGUCAUGAUGGUGGGAAUAUUAGCGUUUGGACUGGUCACCAGUGGACUUCUGUCAGUGUUCCCAAUGCUUAUUUUCGAGUUUAUAGAGCCGAAGAAUUACAUUAUGGCUUUGGCUUCAUAUGCAUUUCUUUAUGGUCCGAUGAGCUUGCUGUGUUCACCUCUAGUGGGUUACUUUAGAGGCACCAGGGGAUCCUAUGACUGGGUGUACUACAUUCAAGCCAUAACAUCUGUGGUUUGUGCUAUUCUGGCGAUGACAACGCCGUAUUUUGCGAAGAGAAGAGACCGGAAAAAAGCGAAAAGGAAGGAGAAGGCAAAGUUAAAAUCGACGAUUAAUGCUUAAAUGUUCCAGUGGUUAUUUCAUCUUGUUAUAUAUUGGGUUGGUGCAUCAUUAUCAGGCGUUCUUUUACACUAUUUACUAUGAAAAAGGAAAAAUAAAAAUUCAGCAUUAAAAUUUUUAAAUGAUGAAUCCAAAUCGUAGUCACCAUCUACUUCAAUAACCAAAUGAUGGUUGAAUGGUCCACACUGAAGUUUUCCGCCAGCAUUCGAGUUGUUAAGCCUUCAUCUCCUUCCACGUCUACAAAAAGUGCCUAGUUGUCGAAAACCUAUGGUCGACCUCUUCCUGGCUUAUCUUCCAGCUAGUGUCGCCAGAUUUGAAACGGGCAAACCAUUCCCUGCACCGACUUUCGCUAAUUGUGCCCUCAAUGUUAGCUCGUUGAGAUCGCGAAAUGACUGGUCUGCUUCCCAUCCUUUCUCAAAGUGGUACAACAUAAUACGGUGAAUAUGAGUAUGGUUAUCGACACGCAUUUUUAUGAUCUAAAAGAAUAUUUUUACUCAUAAAUUUAUAAAAUAUUGUAAAUUUUUAGUAAAAUACAGCCCGUCAAAGAAACGCCUGAUAAUUAUGCACCAAUCCAAUAGUUUUAUUACAGUUAAACAAAUUAGUGAAUAAAGAUAUUU